CACACACAAUACCUAAAAAUCAACUAAAACCUCUAAACCCCACACGCCACUCUACCAGUAGCUAUGGCUUCCUUCUCGAUAGACAUCGCCACUACCUUUCUGGGGAUAGCCAAGCGGCAGAGGGCUCCAAUUCGCGGCCUGCGUGCUACUCUUCUUCCUCAAUUAUGGAGAACCGACGGUGCUCGAAGCCGCUUUUUCUUGACCACUUCAGCAUCCUCAGUUCGUUCGGGAAUUAUCUCUGCUGCUACGCUCAGUUACUCCCCCAAAUCGAGGCGUUUCUCCCGGAGGUUCACUGCCUCUGCCGCCACCACUUCCACCCCGCAAAGUGAAGAUUCUGAUGUUUUGACCAAGAUUCCUCCCGAUAAUCGGAUUCCGGCUACUAUUAUCACCGGCUUCCUAGGUUCUGGAAAGACAACAUUGCUAAACCACAUAUUGACUGCUAAUCAUGGAAAGCGCAUUGCAAUUAUUGAGAAUGAGUUUGGUGAAGUGGAUAUUGAUGGUUCUUUGGUUGCUGCAAAAACUGCUGGGGCUGAGGACAUUAUGAUGCUUAACAAUGGAUGUCUAUGUUGCACUGUCAGGGGUGAUCUUGUUAGAAUGAUUGCAGAAUUAGUCAGUAAGAAGAAAGGAAAAUUCGAUCAUAUUGUAAUAGAGACAACAGGAUUGGCGAAUCCAGCACCAAUUAUUCAGACUUUCUAUGCUGAGGAUCAAGUUUUUAAUGAUGUUAAACUAGAUGGCGUUGUCACAUUAGUUGAUGCCAAACAUGCUGGUCUUCACCUGGAUGAGGUGAAGCCAGAGGGAGUGGUGAAUGAAGCAGUUGAGCAAAUUGCGUAUGCUGACCGUAUCAUAGUGAACAAGACUGAUCUGGUUGGUGAGGCAGAUGUGUCUUCCUUGAUUGAUCGCAUCAGGAGAAUAAACCAAAUGGCACACAUGAAGAAGACUCAGUAUGGAAAAGUUGAUUUAGAUUAUGUUCUUGGUAUUGGAGGCUUUGAUUUGGAAAGAAUUGAAAGUGCUGUUGAUACUGAAAGUUCCAAGGAAGACCAUGAUCACCAUCAUGACCAUGAGCAUGACCACCAUCAUGACCAUGGGCACGACCACCAUCAUGACCAUGAACAUCAUGAUCAUCACCAUUCUCACGAUCAUACUCAUGAUCCUGGUGUUUCGUCUGUCAGCAUUGUUUGUGAAGGGAUCUUGGAUCUUGAGAAGGCUAACAUUUGGCUGGGAACUUUGUUGAUGGAAAGGAGUGAAGACAUAUAUCGGAUGAAAGGUCUUUUGUCUGUUCAGGGAAUGGAUGAAAGAUUCGUCUUUCAGGGAGUGCAUGACAUAUUCCAAGGUUCCCCAGACAGGCCAUGGCUUCCUGAUGAACCAAGGAUUAACAAGGUUGUUUUCAUUGGAAAGAACUUGGACUCAAAAGAGCUAGAGCAGGGUUUCAAGGCUUGCCUGCUAUAAUGUAAUUCCAUUUGCAAAUUCUCAAAAGGCAAAUGAAAAGUAAGCGAUUUUAACGAUGGUGACCUUUGUUCGACAUGUAUAAGACGACACAAAAGUUUUGGUACUUGGAAAUAAGAAAUUAAAUUUACCAUGCUUAUUUCA